ACGGGGAGCAGCAGCGCGGCAGACACACUCCAGCAGCAGCAACCAUGACCAACGUGUCGAACGAGCUGGUGUGGUCCCUGGUGCGGAGGAACACCUGCUUCCUCUACAAGAGGAAUGGCCAGACCAAGAGGUCCGGCAAGGUCGUUCUGACGGCCGAGCCCAACAACUUGACGAACGUCAACUCGUACAAGUGCUCCGGCCUGGCCAACAGCAAGGCCGUCGGCAUCCAGUUCGCCAAGGACGCUAAGGACCGCCCGUGCGCCGCCAUGACCCUGAAGUCGUCCAAGAACGGCAGCAAGCCCAAGAAGUCGGUCGGCAGGUCUUUGCUGAAGAAGACCCACCCUAGCGUGUCCCAGGCCAUCAUGAAGCAGACCGGCGGCACCAACUACCGGCCUGACCUCCAGCACGCGGCGCUUGUCCGCUGGUCGAAGGUGCACCGUGCGCUCCGCGUACAGAAGGGCGAGAGGAAGCCCAUGACCGUGAACGCCGGCCGCAAGAACCUCAAGGCCACCGCCUAAGUUUUCGUUCGCCACCGCUGAUGUUGAUGCUGAUGCUGAUGCCACUAUCACACCUCACCUGGUCGGCUAGCGAGUAAGACGUCGCCGCCGAAUUCGUCGGUGCUCUUCUUUGCGGCCUGCCAAGCUUUUCGAACGGCGUCGGACAUGGGGAUCGGACACGUUGCCCCUAUUGGUGGAAAGCUUUGCACUCUGUGCUUCGAUUUGUUGGUUGGCUUACGCUAGAAGAGUUGUUUGGUGCGGUCGAUGGCGCAGAAAGCUUUUUAGCCAGUCUGGAUCACAUCGUUUCGGAUGAGUUUCGUGCGUGAUGUCUCUCGGUGGCUGAAAUAAAAACCCGUUGCUGCGAAUUUCGAUCUUUGGAAGCGCUCUCUUGUAUUUAUGUGCACUCGGUAUGAGACGGAUGUACCCGUGAAGCCAGUCAGUGCUGGUGCCCACGCCCACGGCUGGACCGAGCGCCCGCGGUCGUGGUGUGCUGUGCA